GGUGGUCGAAGGACCAUAUCCACCCGAAACGGCCAAUAUCCACAGCAUUGGGAUGAGCCGGAAGAGAGCGCGUCACAGAUGACUUACGACGACGGCGGAGGCCAAGAAGAGGAGGGCCAAGAAGAGGAGAGCAGGGAGCUCACGCGAGAAGAAGUUUGGGACGACUCAGCUUUGGUAGACGCGUGGAACUCUGCGAUGGCAGAGUACGAGGCUUAUCACGGCAAGGGUAAGUGGAAAGAGGAACCCGUAAAGAAGUCGCCACUAUGGUACAAUAUACCACCCGCAAAACCGGACGAAAAGUCAAAAGGAAAGGAGAAAGCAUCCGCCGGCACUUCUAUCACCAGACCUGUACUUCCAAACGGCGUCACUUACGCGUACCAAGAGGUCGAAGAUGACUCUGCAACACACGAUCUAGAGGCCAAUGUUCCAGUGCACGAUCCCUCGUUCUCAGGCGCAAACGUCGUACCUAGGUCUGACGAUGCGGCGUAUGCACUAUCUGAGCCUGGCGCUAUGGUCAGCCAGGACGAGGCGUUUUCGCGUGCGCUCAAUGCGUCGUACUGGAGCGGGUACUGGACCGCCGCAUACCAUUAUCAUCGUGCAGGUGGAAAAAGGGGCAAUGCCGAGGAAGAGGUCGGUGAAGAACAGGAGGACGAACUGCUACCGGCCCAACGGUAACAUGGGUGGCUCCAAUUCUCGAUGUCUUCCCAAUUGCUUCAGUGAUAUCUUGUACUUGCGCACAUUGAAUUGACUUGCGUGCUCAGGCCGGACUCCCGCGUCGCAUAACACGCCGGAUCGGGCAGAUCGGCUAGUUGUACUGCUGUAAUUCCCA